AUGGAAUUCCUCACUCCCCUUUUGUUCCUUUUAAUCGCUCUGCAAUGUGCGCUGUCAUUCGAAGAAAGAGAAAUACUUUCACACGUGAAUAAGUUUUCCGUGAAUGAAUAUAUUCCGAAGGAUGAUAUUAAGGAUCAUGGGAAACUCGAGGCCACAGAAUACUUUGAAAAAAUCGCUGCAGACUUCAGCGAUGACAUAAAUGCAACGAAGGAAGCUUUACAAAAUAUGUUCCUCGAUGUAGAGGCUUCUUUUGAGGAUUUAUCCGACGAUGUAGCGAAAAGUGUGUCAAAAUAUAGCUACGAUACGGAAGAAAAGUUGAACAUUCUGCAGGGGCUUUUAUCUGAAUUUGUCGAAAACAGUAAAGGCGUCAUCUUCAACUCACCCGAAGAAAAAAAAAAAGAGGAAAAACACAAAUUCAAAAAAAUGUGUGAUUUAAUCUUACAGAAGGUAAAAACAUUGGUGGAACUCGGCGCUAUUGACAAAUAUCGAAUAAUUUUAAAAUUUGGUAAAGGCGAAAGAAAAAGCGACAUCCUCGAUAAAGUAAAAAAUGAUAACAGCAUAUCGAAUGAGCUGAAGGAGGAGCUAUUGAAAUAUGAAGAAGUGGAAGGUAAAGAUGCAAAUGUUUCCAGUCUGAUAAAUUUUAUAUCCCCCAUUUAUGAUAACUUUUUACAAAAGAUAAAUGCAAUAAUAGGAGAACUUUCUGCCGAUUUGGGAAAAAUAAUCUAG